AGAGGUCUGCUUGGGUACUGGCAGUUGUUAAGAUGCUUGCCUAUCAACAGCCACUUGAGAAAGAAUUUUAAAUGGCUUUGUGACGUCAAGGAGGCCCAAGAAAACACAGUUUAGUGCCAAAUUACCUCCAGGCAGCGCACAGUAAGAAACAGAUAAGGGAGAAAUAAAUCUUUUGUGCAGUAGCUGCUUCAUGAUCUGCUCCAGUGACUGCGGUACGUGAGAGUGUGCUGUAGGAAUAGCUGAAGAUGAUGAAGUUUCAACCACUCAUUUUCUAAUUUAUGACUGAUGAAAAGCCUGCCUGAUCUAGCUGACAACCUGCUGUCUGGACAGAAUGUCUGCAGGUGGCUUGGACCUUGCAGAGGGAACUGCCCUGGCCAAGUUACAGCCUACAAAAGUGAACACUUUGAGUAUGAUGGACAAAAAACUGAGUCUCUUGAAUGAAAAAAUGGAUAAACUGUUGCAUUUCCAAGAAGAUCUGACAGACAAACUGCAGCAAGUUAACAAAGGCACUGAUGAUGUAGAAAAAGGCAUUACCAAGCUAACAGUAUCCCAAGCAGCUCCUGAUGAGACAGACGCGAUGAAAAAGGGCCUAAAGGUAUCGGACGGUGCUCAGCAGACUGAUGUCCAGAGCAUCUGCUCUGAAGUGUUGAAACUGAUAAAAGCUGCCCAGGUAGAUGCCUCGAAGCAUAGGGAAAGGCUGGCAAAGAUAGAGAGAAGGGUUGAUACGCUGGAUAAAGUUAUCACAUUUAUGGGAGAAAUAUUAAAAAACUCUAAAGUAGUGGAUUUUAUUCUCAAAGGCAUUGUGCCCUGGAAGAAGGGGAGUCUGCUGGAAAUCCUUGAUGAGGCAAAAGAUAAGCCUGAGGAAAGUGGUGCAAAGCCUAAGUAUGUGCUUAGUAACAGAGGAACCCAAACUGAAAGCAAGAAGCCUCUGGAAGAGACAAAAAGUGGGCAAAACCUGGAUGUACAAAAGAGAGCGUGUGGGAAGGUGGAUGCUUCUAGUGCCAUAGCACACAAAGCUGACUCCAAACCCCAAGUGAAAGAGAGGAGGGUGCAGCAGCAAGCAGCAGAAGGUGCUGGCAAAACACAUGGCUCUAAGAGCUGUCAGCAGCAAAAGGACAUAGGUGUCAAAGCUUUGAAUCAACACAACGGUCUUUCCUUCGUAAAUCAAGAUCAUCUAGGCAACCAAAAUGUUCCUGCUAAAGCACACGAUAUGGACAGGGCCCCCUGCCUGGAGGGGUGCCACGGCCAGCCUGUUCAUCAGCAGCUUGGAAAGAAUGAAAACAAGCCUCCACCGUCAAGUGUGGCAUCCCGAGAAGCUGUGCCCUCCACAUCCCAGGCUGUAUCUGACACAGGGUGUGAAGUGACACAUACCAGGGUGUCUGUCAACACACAUGUGACUGAAAUGAAAGAAGAGAUUGAGAGGACCAAGGAAGGAAACUUAAAGGAUCAGAGAGGUAAAGGUCCCAAAGUAAAAUCCCCAUCCUCCACACCAGCAGAAGUGCAAAGAGCCGAACAGCUGCCUGACAAAUUAAAACUUAAACUGAGUCCUAAAAACAUCAUCUCUGAGCCAGACCGAGAGGUGAAAGGGGACAAUAAGCAAAAUGAACCUGCAUCUCCAACAGGGAAACAACGGCCAUUACUGAGCAAGCCUGAACGAGGAAAGAAGGCUGACGAGAAAUCGGAUUUAAAAGGCAAGGCCAUAACCUCACCGAACACGUUUGUGAAGGAGCCUACGAAAGAUGUGAAGGUAGAAGUGGAAGUCCACCAAGAAAUAGCAAAAGCAGAGGAAUCCCAGGUGGAUACCAUCUCCAAGAGGAGAGAGUGUGAGUCUGCACCUGCAGGGGGAAGUGAAAGCGAUGCCUGGGCGUUUGCAGGGGUGGCACCAGAAAAGGCCGAGUCAUUGGGAGACAGCAAAGAGCUUCCCACACAGGAUGAAGCCAUCAUCGAUGACAGCCCUUCUCCUCCAGCUCCUUUCGAGCAUCGUAUUGUGAGUGUGAAGCAAACGGAGGUGACAACCUGCUUCUCGGUGUGUCGUCAUGAAGUACUGGGGGGGGGACGUUUUGGGCAAGUCCACAAGUGCACGGAAAUAUCAACUGGCCUCAGCCUGGCAGCUAAAAUAAUCAAAGUGAAAGGAGCCAAAGAGCGGGAGGAAGUAAAAAAUGAAAUCAAUAUCAUGAACCAAUUAAAUCAUGUGAAUCUGAUCCAGCUUUAUGAUGCUUUUGAAACCAAAAAUAACAUCACUCUGAUCAUGGAAUAUCUUGAUGGUGGUGAAUUAUUUGACCGGAUCACAGAUGAAAACUACAACCUGACUGAGCUGGAUGCGAUCCUGUUUACCAAACAGAUUUGCGAAGGUGUCCACUACUUGCACCAGCAUUACAUUCUGCAUUUGGAUCUGAAGCCUGAAAACAUACUAUGUGUAAAUCGCAGCGGAAACCAGAUUAAAAUUAUUGACUUUGGAUUAGCAAGGAGGUACAAACCUCGAGAGAAGCUGAAGGUGAAUUUUGGAACUCCAGAGUUCCUGGCUCCUGAAGUGGUGAACUACGACUUUGUGUCCUUCCCAACAGACAUGUGGAGCGUGGGCGUCAUCACAUAUAUGUUGCUUAGUGGCCUCUCUCCGUUCUUGGGAGAAACUGAUGCGGAAACAAUGAAUUACGUUGUCAACUGCAACUGGGACUUUGAUGCAGAAGCGUUUGAGCAGCUGUCAGAGGAAGCUAAAGACUUCAUUUCCAGAUUACUUGUGAAGGAGAAAAGCUGCCGGAUGAGUGCAACACAGUGUCUGAAGCACGAGUGGUUGAACAAUCUCCCUGACAAAGCCAAGAAGUCCAGGCUUCGCCUGAAGUCCCAGCUGUUGCUGCAGAGUUACUUCACUCACAGAAAAUGGAAGAAACAUUUCUAUGUGGUGGCUGCUGCGAACAGGCUGAAGAGAUUUCAAAGCACGGCUAUGAAACUUGCAUAAGCUUGUAUGAAGCGUCUGCCGCUCCUGGCGAUGGACAUGAAGCCAUGGAAGGACUCAGCAUCUUCAGCAACUUCUACCCCUUUGUUGUUAUAACAUAAGGCUUUGGAUCUGUCCUCUCAGAUGUUGUGUGUUAGCACCAAGGUUCCAGUAUGUGCCUCAAGGCAGAGGCACCGAAAUGAUUUCUAACCAGCAGAA